AGCCUUUUGAGCCAGUGAGUUUGUCUGGACUCUUGAAUAUAAAAGGCCUUGAUUUGCUCAAGUAUUUCAUUUUGAAACCAGACAUUCUUCACAAAGCCUUCUGUGUCUCCCUUUCGUCUCUCGCUCAUCAAUCCAAUCCAAUUGCCUCCCAGUUUCAUCCAAUCACCAAGAUGAAGCUCCUCUCCGUUGCUAUUGCCAUGCUGGCUGCUUCCACUGUCCAAGCGCAAACUCUUCCCAAGUGGUGUGGUCACCCCGGUCAGGGCUGCUAUAUGAUGAAGCGCGCCGCCGAUGCUUCCUUCGAGGUCAAGCGCCACGCUGAUGCUCUUGCCGAUGCGAUGGCUGGCUCCCGUCCCCUUGUCCUUCAGAAGUGGUGUGGACACCCCGGACAGGGCUGCUUCAAGGCCAAGCGUGCCGCCGAGGCCGCUGAUGCGGUCAAGCGCUCCGCCGAUGCUCUCGCCGACGCUAUGGCUGCUCUCGAUGAGGAGGAAUAAGUUCAAUCAACCUCAACGUCGUGGACUUUGGGCAUAUCCACAGUACUCUCGAUCUCCAAAUGUUACUCGCAACGACGUUUCUACCAAGUACCAAGGCACCGACGCCAGGGCUGGCAUGUUGGCCUGGAUUUUCAUGGCGGGACACUCCUUUACUUGACUGGCCAUACAUUUUCUUUACUUUUUU